GAAAGCCAUAACAUAUUAAUAUAAUGACGAAUAUAAACUAUUUUAUUUUUUUGUGUCUGACAUUUUAUACACCAUCAGUCAACUCUAACCCAGAUAAGGAGACCGCAGAACUCCUUUUUCAAACGAUUAUAAAAGAUAUCAAUCAUCACCAUAAGUAUGCAAGUAAGUAUAAUAAGUAUGCAACUCAAUUGAAUGGCAUGACGCUUAGACAAUUUAUGGAUUAUAUUCCUGAAGAUUCCAAAAACACUGCGCAGAUUGCGGCAUCGCAGCGUUUUGGUCGCUUCCAUUUCGACACCGACACAGUGCCAUUUACACAAAUCAUAGAUCAAGACGAUUUUUAUGGUCUAAUAAAAAAAAUCUGUAACAUAUUAACCAAAGAAAUAGAUCAAUACGCUGGACAAAUAGAGGAUGCAAUUGCUAUAAAAAACGCUAAAAAAAAGAAGCUUCAAAACAAGCUUCAGUAG